AUGGACAUUGAGACCAUACCAGGAGCCACAGUUGGAAGCAAGCAGAGGUUCUACAGGCUCUACAUGUGUUUCCAAGCACAAAAGGAAUCAUGGAAGAAGACUUGUAGGUCAGUUAUUGGCUUAGACGGAGCUUUUCUGAAGUGGGACAUCAAGGGACAGUUGUUGGCUGCGGUUGGAAGAGAUGGAGACAAUAGGAUUGUCCCUAUUGCUUGGGCUGUAGUGGAGAUAGAGAAUGAUACAAACUGGGAUUGGUUUGUGCAGCAUUUGGCCUUGGAUUUGGGAUUGGAACUUGGGAAAGGCUUUGUUGUAAUGUCUGACAAACAAAAGGGACUAGUGAAGGCAGUUCAUAACCUCCUUCCAGAAGCUGAGCAUAGGCAGUGUUGUCGCCAUAUUUACGAGAACUGGAGGAAAGGUGGAAAAGAUCUAAGGUUACAGAAGUUCUUCUGGUACAUUGCAAGGUGCUACACUCCUGGUAUGUUCAACUACAACAUGGAUGAGCUUAAGAGAUAUGAUGCAGGCGCACAUGCAUCUCUGGUUAAGACAAAGCCAGAGACUUGGUCUAGAGCUUUCUUCAAGAUAGGCUCCAACUGCAAUGAUAAUCUGAACAACUUGUGUGAGUCCUUCAACAAGACCAUCAGGGAGGCUAGGAAGAAGCCUCUGCUCGACAUGUUAGAGGAGAUAAGGCGCCAAUGUAUGACUAGGAACUACUUAAGGUCUAAGAUGGCUACGGCCAGGAAGACUAGGUUCACGGAGAAGACACACAAAGAGUUAGCCAGGGUUGAGGAGAAGUCUAAAGAGUGUACACUGCGUUGGGCAAUUGGGCCAGAGACUGAGGUGGAGGACCAAGAGCAGACGUAUGUUGUGAGUUUGGAGAGGGAGACUUGUGCAUGUCGAAGCUGGCAAAUGAAUGGUAUUCCAUGCAUCCAUGCUGCUAAGGUCAUCCUUGGUGCGAAAAGGAAGCUUUCUGAGUUUGUUGCUCCUUGCUACACAACAAACCAGUGGCGUGAAACCUACAGUUAUGGGAUCAGUCCUUUAAAUGGGAUGAUAGAGUGGCCUCAGACCAAUAGAUUAGGUGUGAUUCCACCACCUAAUCGAAAUGGCAAGCCUGGUAGGCCUAAAAACCAUUAUCGAAAAAAGGGAACCAAUGAGACAGUGUCUACUACCAAGCUGAGCCGUGCGAACAGGGUAAUGACAUGCUCUAAUUGCAAAGAAGAAGGGCACUACAAGAAUACAUGUCGGAAGGCUUUUGUCCCGAGCUCACCUAAGAAACCAAGAGGCAGACCAAGGAAAUAUCAGGUAAGGGACUACAUUUUGAAGAGUCACAAGCUCAAACCUCCCAAGCUCAAUCCUCACAACCUCACUCAUCACAAGCUUCCCAAGCUCACUCCUCACAAACUGAAGCAUCACGAUGGGAAGUUCCUCAAUCUACCCAAGCAUCACAGACUGGAGCGUGGGGAAGAUGGUUCUCUUAGAACUACUCUUUUGUUUGUUGUGUGA